AAUCAAUCACACAACAAUAAUAAUCAACAACAAGUUUAUUCUCAAAAUUUUCACUGUAUCGGAGGUAGAUCCAAUUUGAGAACGAUCAUCGAGCGAUGGAUUUGGUUGAAUUGUGGGCGAUUUUCGGGCCUGGUUUCUCCGGCGCCAUUUUCGGAACCGGCUGGUGGUUCUGGGUCGACGCCGUCGUGUGCAGCUCCAUCCAAGUUCCCUUCCUCCACUACCUUCCCGGCAUAUUCGCAUCUCUCGGAGCUUUGAUGUUCAAUUGCGUCAGAAAAGAAGACAUCGAUUACUCUCCUUAUGACGAAGGCGAAUGGAGAUUGAAACUAUGGCUUUUCAUAGCGUAUGUGGUAGCGUUUGUUUCGCUAGCUGCUUCUGUUGGUUUGCUGAUUCAAGAUUCGGUCGCGAAGACUGGGCCUUCUACCUGGACUGGUGUGGCUGGUGUCUUUCAAUGUGUAUUUGUAUUGAUAAGUGGGCUAAUGUAUUGGACAUCGCACUCAGAGUAAGUAGACGCACAGGGACAUACUUCAUAUUCGACUCAGAUACAUGUUAUGACAACUUAAAAGUGCUUCUCUUUACUUUCACUCUGUAAAUUCUUGCGUCUUGUCUGGUCCAGCUUGGUGUUGUGUGCUAGAUUCAUCCGUUGCAUUGGUGUGUAUUUGCGUUGAAUUGAACUUUGUCGUUCUAAGCUUGGGUUAUGUCGUAAAUUCAUAUUCAGAAGAUGGAAAGAGAAAAUU